CGCCAGCUGAUGCAGUGAGAGCCCGAGCACUGACGCCGGAGGAUGUCCGCAGCUCCCCUCAGGUUGGAUCACUGGUCGCGCUGAGAUCGAUCCACGGCGUCGCAUGUGCUCGCGCGCUCACCUCUAACCUCAGAAAGCCCACAUUUUCUUGAGGUAUACUACGUUUACAUCAGAGCUAUACAGCACAAGAGAAAGAUUCCUUCAACUUCGCCUGCAAAAAUGACGGAAAAACAGCUUCUGGAGCAAAGUGACAGCACUUCCACUCCGCCAACGACCAAAAACAGUGAGCGAGGCAGCAAAGUGACAAUAUGGGUUCUAGUCGCCCUGUUCUCCGCCGUCAUGGGGUCCAGUGUUCCUGCGGGAUACAGCCUGGGAGUCAUCAACACUCCGCAAGAGAUCAUUCGCAGUUGGUUGCGGGUGACAGUGCUCCAGCGUUAUGGCGUCACCCUCAGCGCAAGCGAAGAAGUGUCUCUGUGGGCGGUGAUUGUGACCCUCUAUGUGGUUGGAGCCAUCAUAGGCGCACCAGCAGGGGCAACUGUUGCAGACAGAAUUGGAAGGCGCAUGGCUCUGCUGUGUAAUCACUUGUUGCUAAUGGCAACAGCUCUGGUUUUGGCCCUGUGCAAGGGCGCAGGAUCAGUGGAAAUGUUAUUCAUUGGUCGCUUCACGUCUGGACUGUGUUCAGGUAAUGUCCAUUAUUUAUACUGUUACUACACAAAUUGUCUUUUUGUUUAUGUGAAAUCUAUGUUCUUCAGCAUCAUUUCUUCAUCUUUAGUCACUGUCCGGGAAUCUAAAGAGCUCUCUAUCCCAGGUUUGAACCAUGAUGUGUGUAACAUCGGCAUCAGCCACCAAGUUAUUUGUUUCUUUAAGCAGGCUUCUAUUUGUGUAGUAUUGGAUAUAGGUGCCGUCUUGUUAAGAUAUUUUAUAGCCUGUCGGAGCAUCAUGCUGAAGAUGUUAAACGUUGGUGCCGGAACAGGAAACUGCUUCACGCCAUUGGCAUUUGGAAAAGGGCUCUGCAAAGUCGCAGUUUCAAGUGUUCCUAAGGAACGGCUUGAGAUAAAAGUUGAGUUUGAGGCGAAUGAGGUGAUUCUUGGACUAGCACUCUGUACUGGUCAAUUUGGUAUACAAGACAUCAUCUCACAGGAACAUGCUACCAAACUAAAUUAUUGUUGCAACCAAACGAACAUUGUCGUCUGCAGAGAUGCUUCGCAGGCCGAGCGGUGUCGAGGUGUUCUUGUGUCACAAAUCAUGGGCAUGGAUACUAUCUUGGGUACAGUUGAUAAUUGGAAUUACUUAUUAGCUGCAUAUGCUGUGUUUGUUGCUAUGGCACUUCUCCUUCAUCCGGCACUUCCAGAGUCUCCAGCAUAUUGUUACAUUAAUGCGCGGGAUGAAGUGAGAGGACGUAGAGAACUAAAACGUCUGUAUGGAAAGGAUGAUAAAUUUAUUGAGGCUGAGGAGACUGCUCUUAAGGUCAUGGCUGGUAUGAGAAACAAAGCACAAAAUGAAAGCAGUGGAUGGACCUUUUCUCAGAUGAUCAUGAACUCAAAAUAUCGAAUGCCAUUAGCAAUUGCAAUGAUCUUCAAUGCAGGCCAGCAAUUUUCUGGCAUCAAUGCAGUAUUCUUUUACUCAACUCUAAUCUUCCGAAGUGCUGGACUAGAUAUCCAACAGAGUCAAGGGGCAUCUAUAGGUGCUGGAGUAAUUAACUGCAUAAUGGCUCUAGCUGCAGCACCCUUAAUCAAAUAUUGCAGAAGAAGAGUGCUGUUGAUGACAUCCAUAGUACUCUGCAUCAUCUGUCAAAUUGGGCUUAUGAUUUCUCUGCAUCUGAUCUCAGAAUACCAGUCUGCUUCUUUUGUUGCCAUAGGCGCUCUCAUGGCCUAUGUCUUAUUCUAUGGCAUGGGUCUGGGACCUAUUCCUUUCAUGAUUGCCACUGAGCUAUUUCCAUCUGGCCCAAGAUCAGUUGGAAUUUCUAUUGGAAGUACAAGUAACUGGAUGAGUAACCUUGUCGUUGGUCUGACUUUCCCUCUUCUGCAAGUGCAGUUUGGAGAGUUAUCCUUCUCUUUCUUUAUAGCAUCAUCCAUUUUGUUGUUCAUCUUUGUUUAUAGAUUCCUACCAGAAACACUUGGCAAAGACGAGCCAUCAUCACCUCCAUCAUCAUUUGAAUUCUUCAUCGACAGUGACAUCUUGGAAACACCACCUUCAGACGUUCUAAAAAAUAUGAUUUAAAGGGUAACAAAAAUGUCCAUGUACAUUUAAAUUUAGAAAGCACUAGGAAUAUAAAGCACAAUCACUUUAAUGGGCAGUUCUGUUCUUUGGAAUUGUUUAGAAUUUUAUUUGAAAUUUGUGGAAAGAUAUUCUAAGAAAGUUGAAUAUUAAGAAUAAUUGCAAGCACAUCUGCAGUGAUUAUUAGAAAUAUUUGCGAUAUGCAUUAUGAAAAUUGAAAGAAUUUAGUGUAUUCCAAAACAAAAUUGUAGCUGCUAAGUCAAAAAUAGUUUUAUUUCUCAAAAAGAGCAAAAUCAGUGGUUUUCAAUAUUCAACUUAAAUGAUUGGUUUGUUUUGCUGUUCAAUUCUGGUUAUUUAUUUAUUUUAUUUAUUAAUUAUUAUUAUUAUUUUUUUUUUACAGUGAAAUAUGAACUCCUUAUAAUCUAAUAGGUAAAAGUGGUAUUUCUGAAAGAUAAACAAUAUAUAUUUUAUACUGCAUCACAAAAAUGUUUGUGAAAAGAUAAUGGAAAGCGUUUCAUAGGAUAUCCAUGCAUUAUUAACGAGUGCACUGUCUACCAUAAUGCAUAAUGUUUAAUGGAAAUAGAUCUGUUCUUUUAAAAUAAUCAAAAUAGGAAUAGUAACAAGGUACUUUCCUUCCUUCAAAGGUUGCUGUGCAUUUUAACACAACUGGUUUUGUAGUACUAUUGCAUUUAUAUUUUUCUUGUAAUUGGCUUAUCUGUCCUUUGUAGAUGUAAACGACAAAAUUUGUCAAUGUUCAAGUAUCUGUUUAUCUUUAAUUUAUAAAAAGACAAUUUUUUCUAUGACUUAAUAGUUUUAUUUCAUUUUCUAUUUGUUCUUGUAACUGUCUUGUGAUAAUUUUCCUAUUUUAUAUUUGAUAAUAUAAGAGUAUAUAUACACAUAUAAUUGGAAUAUUACAUGUAAUUCCCCCAUAGUAGGAAAUAGUGUUGCCAAAUAAGCAACUUUCCUUUUUUGACUACUUCUUUUUAAUGCAGUUAUGGUACAUGUAUUAUGUACUUGUUGUAAUAAUCUAUGUCCAUAACUGCUUCAAAGAAAAAGGUUCAUGUGAGAAAAUAAUAUAUAGUUUUAUAUAAAUAGAGCAUUUAUAUAUUAUCGUCUUGAAAUGAAACAUGGUUAUAGACAUUCAUAUUGAAUUGAAUUCUACUUCUGUAUGUUUGUAUACAAUGUUUUACAUUGUAUGUAGAAGUUGGCAUUUACAUUAAUUACUGCUUGUGUUCGUGUUUUCCAACUUUGUGUUGGAAAUUGAGAACAAUUUGAUGCAUUUAAUUUAAAUGCAGUGUUUUCUACUUGAAAUAAAGUUUCAAAUAAA